UGGUCACGGAUGAUAAAGGUGUGUGACACAUUCUGGAGACUGUGCUCCGCGCAGUUUGAUGACUUGCUGUCCUGUGGGCGGCUACUUGAAGCGCAUCUCCGCUGCACUACAGGCGCGUUGCCAGAUCGUCCAUCUACGAUCACCGUAGAGACAAAAGUUCUGCGUGACGUCACGUCAUCCUAGACGGGGGAGAGUAUUUCGCAACAGGCAUGCCAACUGUGUGCAUGUCAAUGCAAAAGGUGUUGUGAGAAAUGUCAGUGAUAAGGCUUGGAGAAGCAAGAUUCUCUACAAACUUAAAUGUGUGGCGAUGAAAUCGGAUUAGAUUUUGGACUCGAGCUUCCUCGCGCGCCGGACACGUAGCGGAUCUUGUGUUUGUGUGUGUGUAUAAUAACACAGUCAUACACACUUCGAUAACGGGACAUUACUUGUCUGGUUAAUGACUGUCGACAUGCUGCAUCUGCACCCACAGCUCGCCCAUCAGCUGAAGCUGUACACAUCGCGCAUUCUUGUUUGCUGAUUUUGGCUUCGAAUUUGGGAACGGAUGACGUAGUCAGUGCCAUGGGAAGUUUCAAACAGUAGAAAGAAGAAGAACGCUGACGUGACGUUUUUUGAACGGUAUAGGAAUAGCUUGUUCUGCUUCGAGACAUUUUUACUUUUCAAAAUUUCAAAAAGUUUGCCUUCUAGUGGGGCUGCCAAGAAGAGCGUGUAUUUGUACAUUUAAAAAAAUCUAUUUUUUCACGCUCCGAUCUUCACAGGUCGUUUCACCAAAGGACAAGGACGCCGUCACACCCGCUUGUGAGCGUAGUCAGGCAGCCGGCGAUCAGUGUGGUGUCGCCACACUCCAGGUGCGACUGUUCCUCAACAUUGAGACUCGCGGCCUUCAGAUAAGAAAACAUAGCUUAGCUUGGACUGAUUAGCGUGUCUGAGGUAUCGAAGAUCCAGUGUAUUGUUGUCACGGGCUUUGUUAACACCGACCUAGUAACGACGUUGAGACCUGCCUGCAGUUGCGAAUGUUCGGAAACAAUUUUUGGAUGUUUCAUAACUUUUGCAGUUCAUAGCUUUGCUCGUGGCGGCAUAUAGAAAAAUAACUGGACCGUGUGCCAUUUGACCUGUGUUUUCUAUGGACUGGGCUCCAGUCGGACCGUGCUCAUUCUUCCAGUCGCAGACAACUUGUGCCGGAACUGGAGUAACCCUUAACUCGACGUGCUCAUGCAAUUUUGGAUUGCUGCCGUCUACAGAUAAGAGAUUGAAGUCUCCAGUGGUCUGGCACGGUGUGCACGCUCCUGCCAGACAUUGACAUUCUGAAGCCCCCAAUAGUAAGGUAAAAGGUGAGACGUUAGGCAAGUCAGGUGGGGGUUCUGGGGGAAGGUCGCUUCCGUGGCGGUGUGCAAGACGGGCUGAAGCGAUCGGGAUUUGAAAUACCAGCGCUCCGCUACGCGGUGCCGUCAAAUAUAGAGUGGUUGCCUACCUGUGUAGGUGUGUAGGGGUGCAGACCAGGUGUAACUGUACGGUGUGAACACUUAGCUUGCAGAGCUUAGCUGGAUAUCGAAGUGUUCGAUUGUCAUCAGCUGUAUUUCGUGGUGCACAGUAUAGGUGCAGGAUAGCUGAGUGCGCUCUCCUGUGUGUUUGUGUGUAAAACGCUUACUGACCCAUUCUCUUCCUACUGUCCCGUGCAUGUAAGGGGUUACGCUUUCAUCCGCAAGUCUGGAAAACCUACUCAGCAAUCAAGACACCCUGCUUUCCAGCGGCAUGUUGGAUGCAGACUCAGACGUGGAAGACGCUAGUAUAGCUUACCACCUGGGAACGCUGUGGUCCAGCAUGGAUGUGGACACGAUCAAGUGCGAGCCCACCAGCCCCUUCAGCCGCUGCCCACAAACCACGCUGGACGAGUCCUUCUCCCGCGACUUUUUCGCCGACUACCCCACGCAGGACGAGUACGGGUCGGACCGCUCGUACCAAGGCGACAGUCCCGAGAGCGGCAACAUUUCACCGGUCAGUAUAGAGAAUGGCAAGAUAGACUUCUGCUCCAGCAGCACCGUCUGCUCGGACCAGGACAGCCCCGAUGAACUCAAGCGCUUGUGUCUUGUAUGUGGUGACGUGGCUUCCGGAUAUCACUAUGGGGUCUCUUCUUGCGAGGCGUGCAAGGCCUUCUUCAAACGUACAAUUCAAGGAAAUAUAGAGUACUCUUGUCCAGCCAGCGGCGAAUGCGAGAUCACAAAGCGUCGCAGAAAAGCAUGUCAAGCAUGUCGCUUCCAGAAGUGUUUACGAGUGGGCAUGCUUAGAGAAGGAGUGCGGUUGGACAGAGUACGAGGAGGACGGCAGAAGUACAAGCGGAGCAUCGACAGCCAGAUCACAAUGGUGCAGCCCGUGGUGUCGGUCGUUAAGAAGUCAUGCCAGGACUUGUCGGACAACAAGAUCCUGAACACUCUUCUCGCCCUGGAGUCACAGCUGGACAAACUGUUUGCAUCAUCCGACCCAUUUCUACCCGACGACGACGUUAAGUUCAGGGCAGCUGUGUCUGAUCUAGCUGAUCGGGAACUGGUCAUCACUAUCAGCUGGGCCAAGCAGGUUCCAGGUUUUACAAACCUAUCGCUCAUGGACCAGAUGAACCAGCUGCAGCAUUCCUGGCUGGAGAUCCUCUGCCUCAACCUGGUCUUCCGCUCCUGCCCCUACAACGGCCACGUUUGCUACGCCGAAGAUCUGCGCGUGCCCGCCAGCAUGGUGGAGACCUACAAAAUCCCGCCAGAACUCGACAAUCUGACGCGCAAAGUUUGCAAGAUGUUCACCUCCCUCGGGGUUAGCAAAGAGGAGUAUGUGCUGCUCAAGGCUAUAAUCCUGUGUAACAUAAACGUGAUGGUGGAGACGUGGGAGACCGUACGAGGUCUUCAGGACAAGCUGCAGGACUCCCUGAUCGAGUGCAUCAAGGUUCGUCACUGUGGCAACCCCCAUCGACUGGGGCAUCUCUACUUUCUCCUGCCCCUCAUCAACCACAUAAAGCUUCUGGCCAAGCAAUUCUGGUUCGACCUGAAGAAGGACGGUCGUGUCAUGAUGCACAAACUGUUCUUAGAAAUGCUGGAGGCAGAUUCCUGAGGAUUGGCCCGCCCUCCUUAGAUAGUGAGGACUUUAGUAAUGGAAAUUGUAGGUAUUUGUAAGAUCCUCUAGCCAGCAGCCAGUUUAGCACGGUCCACGAAAAAGCUAUUUUGGUUUGAUUUUUGACGAAACAGUGAAGUCCUGUUUUAUUGGGUUGAUUUCUUAAGGCAUUUUUGUGUGUUUUGUUGUCACUAAGUCGUAGAUCAUUUAUAUAAAAUAACGCAUGUACGUCUCACAGCCCGCUUGCGUCCGUAGGUCGUUUCAUUUGAAGUUGAUGUUGCUGUUGUGUCUUUCGUUUUUAUGCAAAUCAUUAUACACAAGAGUUUUAAGUAUUUGUGAAUAUUGUGAACUUUAGUUCAGAUUUUCAGUUUAUUGUUUGGCUUUCUGACCGACAUAACAGAAUUUUGUCACCUUGUCAGAGCUGAUCAGAAAUAGUGAUUGUAGGCUUUCAGAUGUAAACCGUUUUCAAUUUGUUUGCCUGCAGUGUCACUAGAAAUAGCUGUGUGAGUCCUUAGCAGUUUUUUUUUAAACUGUAUGUAUUGUAGGCCCUGGGUCAAAUUUUGUUUUUCGAACUGAACGAACUCUUAGAGAUAACCUUUCGUGGACAAUUGUUGGUCAGCCAAAAUCCACUCCAAAGAGUACUUCACCAAUCAUUUCUGUGCAUUGAGACAAUGUUAACGUCAGCAGAAAUAACAAACAUUGUGUAGUUACUGUGGUGUAUUCAAAUACGCAGGGGAGAAAAAGCAAAGAAAGUGAAACACUUGAAAAUGGACUGUGAGCGAGCUAGUGACGCUGGUGGCCUUUUCUUUGGAACACCGCCGCAUAAAUGUGAAUAUUAUGACUUCUUUACGACAAGGUAUGAAACUCAAGACCAUAAUUUGUGUUUUGUGCCAUUUUCCCGUCGACUCUUGCCUCAAACUGCCAAGAUUUGUUCGAGAGGAGUUGAAUGGCGCAGGCUUGGUGCUGCGUGAUGACAUAAGGUGUAGUUCAAAGGGAGGACAGGCAGUCAUUUACCGUGUGACCGGCAACAGUGAGUCAUCCAAGUUGAGAGAGGCUGGAAAAACAACCACAGAAAAGGCUCCUCAUUUUCUGUUUCACGUCAGCCCACUUCGAGAACAUUCGAUUAGACAAACUAAAAAAUAAAUUGAAAGAGAAAAAAGAGGUAAAGUCAGGGAAGUGAGAUUAGUGAUGACAACACGUGCUAUCUGUGAAAGGCGAUUGUGAGCAGUGAGUAAAGUUGUCACAUUUUAUCAUCAUAUAGAAAAAAAAAAAGAGAAUAAUGCAGUUGUGAUGGAGAAAUCGGUAGGAGAGAAAAAUCAAGUAGUGACUGGCUUGAGGCGUUGACUGGUACCUGAGAGAUGGUCACUGAAGGGCUUACACCGGUAGCAGAAGUAAUGACGGGCAUAAACAAAAUCAAGAACUGCCAACAUUGGAGGCGAGAACACCUGGACGGUGCUUAUUGCACUAAAAGCAUGUUGGUGCAGAACUGGACUGAGCUAGACAUUGUCAAAGGAGGGACGGAGUCGCUUGACUUUAUUCCCUCUGUUGUCGCUGUGUGACGAUGGAACGAGUUUCACUGACGACUGGCCUGCAGCACAGUCUGUGGUGAAAAGAACGCCACCUGAGAAGUACAUAGAGGAAACUGGAGCGAACAUCACUAUGUAACUACCUGUUUGUUUGUUUGAGUUUGUUUGUUUUUUUUCUUGUACCAUCUUAAGUCGCUUGGCUAAUAAGAUUGUAUAUGGAUGUGUUUUAGCCAUGUGAUUCUGUAGUAAUAGCAGUUGAAUCAUUGUUUGGUCUCCUGCAGUCUAUGUAAACAUGUUACCGUUAGCAACAAUGUACACGUCAGACCGCUGUGCCACCAGUUUCCACAUUGAGUAUCUAACUUCACAUCUACUUGUGACCUAAAAUUGGGGGCGGUUCGUUCAGUUGCAUUCAUUGUUUAUUUUUGGUUGUUUGCCAUAUAGUCGGAAGCAUAAACAGCAAGAUAUAUUCCCCACUAUGUAGGCGCACAGGCAACGGGGUCUACCUACGUAGCGCAGACCAAAGCAGCAAAUGUAUGAUUAGCAGCUGCUUUGCGAUGGCGUUGGUGUGUUUGCUGGACUGUUAAUUGGAUUUCACCGAUAUCCAUUUGCUCUCAGCACCCAGGGAAAUACAGAAUGGGGUGUGGCGUGUAGUCACGCAAAACGCUGAGACCAGUGUUUCCCGGGGGAGUGCGGGGCCGUUGACGUGUUCCACCAUCCGAGUCCUUACAGAAGUCGCAACCCGACUUCGUGCUAUGUUUUGACCGAGGCUGUGUAACAGGAACGUGAUGACCGAUUAUAGGGUCUGUGGUCAGACGAGGCUUGAUACAAUCCGCUUAGGGACUAUCUUGGCCACCUUGCCUCCUGUCCUGUAUGUACACCUUCAUAGACUCACACAGACACACACUUUUUUAUAGUCACUUUCUUCCCUUCCGUUUGACGUUCAGUAACUCGAUGAGCAGUUGUCCACCUGUAUUAUUCAAACCACAAACAGUUUACCAUGUAGGUCAAGUAUUUACGCCUUCAUUUGCCAGCGACCCUCGGCUAGUAUUAGACAUGCAUUGCGCCUACAAAGCUGAUUACAAGAACAUGGGGUAGUGGUUGGGAACUCGUCAUCGGUUUUUUUUCCCCAGUUUCUUAACGAUGGCGCAGAUGACUUUACGCCCUUUGACAGUGUAAUAGAAAAGAGAGGAUAGGCAGACACAAUACCCAUCCCAGAUGGUCGUCAAACAUCUUGUCCUGAUAAAGUUGCAGCGACAGCUGGCUUACGGUGUAGGUCUCAUGUUUUUGACUGAGUACACCCACGUGAGCAGCUGCUUCUUCGCCCUUUCUGUGGUAUGUACAAAGCGCGACAGAUCGUUUCUUUGUUGGAUGUCCUCCGAGGACUGAAGAUCCAUGCGCCGUAUGCGUAUACUAUCUAUCAUACACAGGCUAGCUGUUCACUAAGCCCUGCUGUUAGACUGUCUGGGCAACAGAUGACUUACCAAGUCGGAUAAGUAGUUAGAAUUGUGGGAAGCCUAGACGCCGACAGCCCUAGGGAGCUGUGUAAAACUUUCAAAUCGAUGUAGAUGAUGUGUGUGAGAGGGAGGGAGCAGGGGCUGUAGGGGGACGUUAGUUGGUUUGUGCAUAACUCACAGUUUUGUCCAAGUUGCUGUUUUUGGCAGCUCAUCAAGUGUUGGUCAUCGACUGUGUUUGUGUGUGUUGUUGUUUUUUUUUCUUUUGUUGGAACGGCUAGAGGUUGUACAACACAAGCUAAGUCUUCUGAUUUGCCGUGAGUUUUGAUUAAUGAUACUUGAUGUGUAUUUCUGUGUAACAGAUGUAGCCUUGUUCAUUGUAGAUGUACUAUCAAGCAUAAGUAAAAGCAUUUAACUGGACAAAAGAUAGAAUAUACCGACGUAUGAAUCACUUUAUGACUCGUCACAAACAGCUACAAACAAAUCAUUUACUCUCCCCUCCCCAUCCCCCAGUCCUCCUUCACCCCGUUAGUGUAUCUCUAACACCGAGGUCGUACGAAGAGAUGGCAGCCGUUAGUCAGUCAACACGAUUAAUCAAUUCUUGACCUCAUGUACUCGUUGGUCAGCAAAUCAUCAGAUAUCAUCGUUGUCGUCACGCUCUCCCUUCAUGUAACAGAGAAAGGCAGCACUUAUAUCCCGGCAUUCAAAGUUGUAACUGGCAUAAACCAGUUUUUCUGUGUGACGUAAUGACCCGAGCACGAGGUGGUGGCGAGUCGUGCUGUAUGUCCCGUGCGAUGUGUUUGUCAUGUGGUUGACACGUGCUGUGUGCGUGCGCGUGCUGUUUUGUUCCCGUCUUGCUUGUCGUCGCUGUCCCCCCCAACUCGCCCCGUUCAUGAUCAAAGUGUUGAUGACGAAACGAGGCAACCGUCCACGUGUCGCGCGCAAAGCCUUCAUUCAAAAUACGUCAUUCGUUACGUCACGAGCCCGUCUGAGGUAGGGGGCGGGAUUCCUGGAGAAUAUUGUAAAGUGGGACGGGUGUCCCAGGCAAGUCAUGACGUUCUCCCACCUGUGCAAGGUUGGUUGUUGUUAGUUUGCUUCGCAUCUUCUUCCUUUCCGAUACCAGAGUGAGGCUGGUGUCAUCAGGUCUCUCGGUCAGCAGGACCCUCAGCUGGCGCUGUGGCAGAUGGCAAGGCGUUCACUAGAAUGUCUUCCUACUUUGGUUAUUUUGGUUGGUUUGUGUGUUGUAAUGUUUUGUUGUUGUUUUGCAUUGACAGCCUUGGCAGCUCCAUCGAUGUAGAUUUCAUUCUGUGCACCUAGGAAGCUGGCGGUCAUUUUUCUGUCCUCUCCGCGGGCGAUUAAUUUAUUCCUUUGAUUACCUAAGUGUUAUCGUGGUCUCAAUGACCCCGGUUGUUGUGCUUGUGUUGUGUCAACUUCCAGAUUGUCCUCCAUCUGCAACUGGAAUCUUUCACAACGGGCAAACAGUAAGUUUAUAUCACUUUGACCAGGCGAGGGGGGGAGGAUGUAACCGUCGGGUAGAACUAUCGCUCCUUCACACCCGGACUGCGCCCAUUCCAUCUCACCGUACACUGCGUAGUGCUUUCGACUUCGUAGGCAGCUACAGAUGACGUAGUGAUUCGUUUUUGUCACUGAUCACCAGAUUGCCAUGUUUAUAGACCCGAGCAGGCUGCACCUACAGCUUGUCUUCCAGUUUUCUUCCAGAGCUCGCUCAUAUUUUUAGACGCUGACGUUUCUUUGACUAGGAUUUCUCCACAUGUGAGUUUGUUCGCUCGCACGUUCAGCUCGCCGUACGACUGUGUGAAGCUUGCCUUAGAUGCUGCUUGCCAACUAACGCGUUGCGAAUAAUGGGAAGCGUCGUUUUGUCCACGCACGACCCGAGUUUGCCUCCCUCCGCUAAUAGCAUGUCGACAUCUUUUAUUGUCUUGUUAACACCGUGACUCCCCAACUCCAUUUCCCUGAGGACUUUUGUAACUAUGUGUCAGGUCAUGCACAGAAGGACAAAUCAUGACUGAACGAUGAUGCAGAUGUAAAGGAAUGUUUGUGGUUGUCAUUAGCUUCUUUCUUCUGAACACUUUAAAAAGCGGAUUUAAAAAGCAGAGGCUUGCUGUGUAACCUGUAGCAAAUGGCGACGGGCAGUAAUGGUCAGAUGUUUCGAUUGGCCUCAUCAUAUGGCGAUCUCAGGUAAAUGUGACUGUGACCUUGCCUCCAUUUCUCUUGACACCUUAUUUGACUUACCUGAAAUACCUCGCUACUCCAACUGAGAUCAGUAGUCCUGUCCACUAUCUCGUUAUCACUAGGGCGCUAGGCUGUCGCCAAACCUACAGGAGGCCGCUUUGGGUUUUUUUCCCUUGCACGUUAUGACAUGAAGUUACUCGGAGAUGCGGGAAACGUGGUAGUUUGGGGGCAUUCCAUGGUCCUCUCUCCUAGCUGUUUUUGUGCGUAUAUUCGAAGAAAGCAGCAGUAGCACGGAAAAACAUCUUGCAGGAAUUACCCAGCCCCAUCCGACAUUUAGCUUCCCUUGCAUGACUACCAAGACAUUUGACCUUUGCGGUAUACACAGGAACGUAGCUAACGACACUGCCCUAAUCAGAAAGCCGUGUUGUAAAGUGGCGUCGCUUGAUGCCAACUAGGCCAAAACGGUCACCAGCCGCCACUCGGAGCAAAGAGGUCACCGCAACACUGAUCACGUGACGACGUACUUCCAGUAGUCCCCUUCGUUUCGCGUUUUCUCAAAUGUUUGAGGACGGGGAAGGAUUCAAACCUUCGCGGACUUGUGUCUUGCCCUCUCUCGUUGCCCAUGUUGCGUACCUGCUCUUCUCGUCGUUCUCUCUCUCUCCUUAUUCCUCGUUUUGGUUCUUAUCGCGGACAAAUGCCAAAGUAACACAGAGAGGAACUGUUGGCACGCCGGGAGGAAGGAGGAGGGAACAACAGGCUCGCGCCAGCUGCGGAGAUUGCGCUCCUGCUAUCGGUGUCUUGGCCUUGCUGCAAGUGAGGGGCACAAGCCACGCGCCGGCAUCCAGUCUUCCAGUCUUUCUUUUACUCUCUCCAGCCUAGCACUUUUCCUCCCCAACCCCUCCGCCUUUUCCUGUCUCUAUCAGCCAGAAGACAUCGACCUUUAACCCCCCAACGAAUUUUUUUUUUGGUCGCCACAUGGGUAUGGCCUUUUACUUCUGUCGGAAAAUGGAGACCACUGCCCCUUGCCCCUUGCCCCUUGCCCAAAAGCGGUAGCGAAGGCACUGCGACCGCCGGGGAGGUCUGGGCUGGCAAGAUCAUCCAGACCUUACCGUCAGUUGGCUGGCCACAGUGUUCGUCUAUGUCCACUCAGAUCCCCAAACCCAAUUAGGAAAUGGUACCAUCCUGCCAUAGUUUCCUGCAGCUUUCGCAAAGGCUCCCUCCUUUAGCUUGCGAUUACCAGCGUGUCCGAUGCAUAAUCACGGGAAGUAGAACGCACAAGUAUGCAAGCAUAAACAGCAGCUGCACUUGCUGGAGCCUCGCUAAUCAUCAAGUUCUGGUACUCCUCCCCUCCCUCCCACACACACGUGUCUUCAUGCACUGGACAUUCAUCCACCCUCAAAGCUAGCUCUUGCUGUCCCUUCAAUCCUUUUUCUUAAAGAAGCAGCUAGCACUAACCUCCUUUCAAAAGGAAAGCCCAUCAAACCUAUUGUUCUUUGCCUGUGUAUGCGAAGGGAAGUGUAGGGUUCUGUGUACCUUUCUUUGUUUUGCUGUUAUCCUAAAACUUACAAAACUUUUUGUCUCUGAUUAUUUUGUGGUAAACAACGCAACACGCUUGGCUAUCAUAGUAGAAAUGUUUCUGUGUGGGAAAGUCCCACGACCACUCUGCUGCUGCUGUUCGUGGUCCCGAAGUUAACAUUUGAGAUUACCAACAGGCAGUUGUAGUGGGUGAGGAUUUGAGAAAGCGUUUGAUAGUCUUCAUCAGCCGAAUAUGUUGUCCCAAUGAAUUGUUUUUGACUUUCUCUGCAAGUACUGUACAAAUGGUGAUGUAAAACAGAGUUAAAAGAACACAUGACUACAAAUUCAUUGCCAUCUUGUUGUUCAUAGAGACGUUUUAACCGAACGGGUAGCUUUCUGCUUGUUAUUUGAAUUGAUUUCUGGACAAAAUAUGAUGCCAGUUUGCUCUUUGGCAUGUGUGUUUAACUUAACGAUCUUGCAGCUUACAUAGCAUAUAUAUACAUAUAUAUAUAUAUAAAACCUUCAGCCCCCUGUUUGUGUUUACAUUCCCUCGAUCUUUUAAAUAUUUUGUUUUUGGUUUUUGGAGUUUCAACAUGUUGUUCCACACACAUUGUAUCUCGGUCUGCAUGAAUGUUGCUAGUAUUUUUUCACAAAUUUAUUAACAGAGUUAUCUUUUCAUAUUGCCGGGAUCUUUCUUAAGACAUCAGAGUUAACUUCAUCCUUUGUGAUAUGUGCAUAUAGCAUACGGUUUCGUGUAGCAUCAUUGACGAGGUGAGUUAGUCGAUUUCUGUGUUAAAGAAUUGAGAAUUUAGUUAAAGGUAGCCAAGAUCAUUUCUAAUACGGCAGUUACCAGUGUUUACUGAACCUAUCACCAGGCCUCAUUCAUGGAGAGAGCCUUUUCUUGGCCUUCGGUGACGUCACCUGAUGGGACAAACGUGACGUCAUCGACAUCAAAAUAUAUGUAUAGAUGUGCGUAUUAUUGCGCUCGUGGUAUGUUUAUCAAACAUGAUGGGGGUUGUGUUCAUCUAAACUCUUCUCCUUUCUAUGCUAUUUUUUGUUCAAUUUUUUGAACACUUUUUGCGGGUCUAUCAAAGGCACACUUGCACACCAGUUUCUUGGUUUUAUUGGUUUUGUAAGGGGAAGGAAGGAAAGACAAAUUAUCGGAAAAAGACGAUUCAAAGCCUUAAUGAAAUGCUCCCAGCAAGUCAGAGAGCUCAUCCUGGAGCUUGAUUAAUUACGUGGCGAGGACACAGCCGCCAUGACGUAGCACACCGUGGGUGCCGAUGGCAGGAUGACGACCAGCAUGAUCCAGUGCAGGUCCCCCACAGUCUCGCCACGGAGGUGUCUGCUUCGAAUCCGCCUAAGAACAGUCUGACUGUGCGGUGUAUUUUCGACGCUGCACAUCAUCUUACCGGGUCUGGGGACAGAGGGAGUAGUAGGACCCGCUUCCCUAGUAGCACCUGUCGCCGCGGUAGGGAUGCACAGCUGAUUCUUGAAAGACUUAAGCAGACGUGGCGGUCAGCCAUCUCGGUCUUGACUAGGGAUGGAAAAGAAAAAAAAAUGUCAGCUGAGUGUGACGACUGGUGCGUCGUGUGCAGGCGGUGAUCACCACUUGUCUUCCUCCCCAGGCCCGCUUUCUUUUGUUGGUGCGUCGUGGGUCAGUUUUGGGUUUUUCUGCAUUGUUCUGUUCUUGAGAUAGGUUCGACUAAACGUUGGUUGCGGAGAUAUGCAAAAGUAGAUCAGAAAAAGGUUUUUCUUUUUUCUUAUUUGAUUCUGUUUCUCUUCGUGUGAAGAUUAUCUUUGAUUUCACCAUCAGUUUCAAAGAUGGUAAAGAUUGUUAAGUUUCAGACACACAAGUCGUUUGCACCUUGAUUUAAUCAUUGAUUUUGAAUCCCUUCUCCAAAUUUCAUCCUAACGUGGGUUAGUAGUUGGGACGGGAUGCAUAUUGUUAUACCAAGAUAAUAUAUUCUGAUUCCUUGGCCCUGCCCAAGCCCACUAUGCAUACUCUAAAACAGUCGCCAAACUAGAGAAAUAGAAGUGAGACUCCCCUGUACUUAGUGUAUUUUCUGAGUUGCUAAUCCAGUCUCGUGAGCAGCAGUGCACAGCUCAACUCAGAACUAGAUUGGAAUCCAGACCACUGCCGUUCUCACACUAGCAUGGCGAGUAUUACUGCCUAGGCCAUACUUCAUAUCAACGUCCUUUGUCUCGAGAUCAUCCAUUGUCUUGCUUCGAGCUUCACUUGGGAUGAACUUCCUCAAAGGCUCUUCCUGCCAUGUGUCAACAGUGGUGACAACAUUUAUUCUUGUUUGGGUCUGUAUGCAAGCUUACAGUUUCACGGUAACGAGACCCAUGUGAUUGAUCUACACCCAAGUUGUUAUUGUUGUUGGUAUCAUAACCAGUCACCAAGCGUUCACGCGCAUAUACUGAUGUGAUAGUGCACGAAUGUUAGACCGUAGAGCAGCCGUCCGCUUCAGCAUGGAUUGAAUGUCAUACAGUUACUGUUGAAGUGGAGGCUGACAGGUGUGUGCUGUACUUUUUUUCCUGCCCUAUUUUUUUUUUCACCCCCUUUUGCGUGUAACAUACCAUGUUGUUGACUCUCAUCCCACUGUCCCUUCCAGACACUUAUCUCCAGAGCCGGUACGUCUCACGUAAACCCUCUCACCACCACCACUACUACCAACCAUUUUUGAUUUGUUCGCUUGCUGGUCGUCAAGAUCCCACCUUCACACCCCCACCCCACUUUCAUUUUGUGCUUCACUAGUUUGUAUCAAGCGCGCACCUACUAUAGCGGACACCAUGCAGCACGUAAACCCGCUUCAGAGGCCACUCGUCUCCAGGCCAGCUCUAUGACCACCUGAUGCGAAGACGCCUGGUCACGUGGACUGACUUCUGCUCGCGAUGCACCUUCCACUUCUUCUCUCUACCCACAGAAGACGCCAGUCUGGUGUCCUCUCUACUCAGACGCCUCGUUGCCCACAACCACCAGAUCCUGUCCUGUCCUGGUCUCCUUUGUUUCCCCGCGGAGAUGCGCGCGUCUUCGUAAGGCGGUGCUGUGCUGAUUUUGCGACGAGUGGCCACUCUAGUCGGGUUCAGCUGCAUGGUGAUGGCAUUGUACUAUUUUUUCCUGAGUUCUGCUUGCUCAGCCAAAAAUACAUGUAUCUGGAAUUUUUUGAGUACAGUUAAAGUAGUUAUUUUUUUUUGUGUACUUUUGUGUGUCUCAAAUACUUUUUUCCCCCCGCUGUGGAAUGUGAAAGUGACUGUCUGAGGGCAAUCGUUUUCACGCAGAAGCAACAUCUACACCUAGAUAUUGCACGCGUGAACGUGGUCUCGUCCUUAGGGGUCAACACUUUGUUAUAGCCGGGUAGUAUGUAUCCGUGUGCGUGCGUGCGCUUGUGUGUGUGAGCGAGACAGAGAGCGAGCGAGAGAGAACUGUCUUAAACCUACUGUAGACAUUUUUUUCGGAAAAAAAGAGGUGCUUUACAAAGCCGAUGGCCACAUAUGUUUUAUUUAUCUCAGCUCUCCUAUUCCAUAAGCAUUUAUUUAAUUGUGAUGAGUUAAUUACAAUGCAAAGGAGAAACAAAUCCGAGUCGCAUCUUCAACAUCUCGCCAAAAUUAAAUGUCUCAAGUUUUGAAUGCGUGAAUUUUGAAAUUUUGAGCCAGUCUCUCUCUCUCUCCUCCCUUCUCAUUCUUUCUCUCUGCUUUUUUUUUUUUUCCUUUUUAUGUAUUAUUUUGAACUGCAUGGAGUAUAAUCUGGACGUCUUGUAGAAUCUGAGUAAGACGACGUCCUCGACACGGUUUGCGCAUUUCAGAUCGAAAGAAGAAAAUUGCGAUUCUGUAGAAGAUUCGCAGAAAAGGUGAACUGUGUGUCAGCAGACGUGCAGAGCGCCCAGCGCUAGUUAUAGAGAUGAGUUGACAAACAUUAUGUAACUGCGUUUAUCAGGUUUUUAAAACUUUGAGUUUACUACUAAAGUCUUCUGACAUUCUUCUGGCCGACCGGUGAUGAAGGCUCAGAAGCACUCUUGUUUGGUUUGAGUUUUCGUAGUUAGCUGUGGUUGCAGUUCUGUCUGGUUUGUCUUUAUUUUCAUUUCCUAAUUCCUCAUCUACUUCUUCUUGGCGGGUGUGCGUGCUUUCGAGUGUAUGUGUGUUCACCUAGUAGAGUGAGUGUCGGCUCUGUGUAGCUUCGAAAUCGAGAUAAUAACUGCAUUUUAAUACCUAUUUUAGGCGUUGAAUAUCUCCUGUUGAAUCUAUAUAUCGGAUUUUUUUUAAGAGACUCCUGGUUUGUUGUGUAUAUAGCAAUAAAACAUCAAAGCAGAAA